AUGAUGGCAGACUACCUCGACUUGGUCUACGUCCUUGUCCCCGUCGUCCACCGUCCCACCUUCCGUCACGACCUCGCCAACAACCGCGACGUGACGGACCGCGACUUCUUCGCCCUGCUCAUGAGCCUCGUCGCCAUCACCGUCGGCCUCCUGCCGUCGCGCUUCCGCGUCUACCGCGCCGUCGACCCCGAGGCCGGCAUCCGCUUCGAGACACGCACCGCCUUCAUCAGCUGCUGCACCGAGCUCGCCACCCGUCACAGGGACGCCAGGUACUGGGACCACAUCAACCUGAGGAAAUGGGCCGUCUCGUACGUCUUGUCCGUGGCGUGCUUCCAGACGGGGCAGGCAAACCGGAGCCGCAUGUUCGAUAUCGAGUUUAUGCAACUCGCCAAAUUGUUGGGGCUGCAUCGGAUUUCCGACUACGAAGGCCUGAACUGCAUCGAGACACAGCUGAGGAAGAAGGCCUUUUGGUUGUUGUUCUAUGCAUGGGCACACACCAAAGUCCAGAGCGGGCGUUCGGAGCACCUCACCUACUUCAACUCCAAGGACAUCCGCGAGGUCAACUUCGAAGCCCUGAUGCCCCUCGCCGUCGACGACGAGCAAAUCUUCGAGACCCGCGUCAUCCCCCCCGUGCCCCCCCUGGUCUCCCCCGGCACCCCCGGCGGCGCGCAAGAGCCCCCCGUCACCCUCGCGAGCGCCUUCAUCCUCCACUCCCGCGUCUUCCACAAGGGCCUGCAGGAGGCUAUGGCCAACACCGGCUGCGAGUGCGAGCUCAGGCGCGGCCCCGCCGUGCGCCUCGCCCGCCUGCGCGACCUGCUGCAGGAGAUGCGGUACAUGCUCGACGACGCCCCCGGGCCGAUGCGGCAGUGGGCCGCGUCGACCGAGAGCUUCGAGGCGGCGGCGGCGGCGCCCGUCGCGACGCCGAGGUACGACGCGGGGGACAGCCAGCCGGCCGGGUCGUCGAGCUACGACAGCCCGGCGGCGGCGACGGCGGCAGUGGAUCAACAGGGCCGAGCGUCGGAGCAUUCCAAGAUCGUCCACGGCCAGUCGGAGAUCAUGCGCGCGAACAUCCACGUCACGCACCUGUGGCUGCAGAGCAUACUGCUGGAGCAGGUCGACGUCGUGCUGCAGGAGAGCGCGAUCGGGCCGGCCGCCGCCAUGGGGGCCGAGGACGUCGCGGCGGCGUUGAAGGCGAACUGGGCCGAGAGGGAGGACAUUUGUCGGCAGAUGCUGCAUUUGUUGCAUAGCAUUCCGUACAUCUAUCUCGAGCCCAACGGCUUGUAUCUGACGUACAAAGUCCGGGACGUGGCGGUGACGCUGCUUAACUGCCCCUUCGACGCCCACGAGCGUCCUGCGCGGCGGGCUGCUGAGUACAUGCGCGACUUUACGAGGGCGUUAUCGCGCCUUGAUCGGAGCGAGAUUGUCAACACCAACAGUCUGAAGAGCUGGGUCGACGUGGAUCGCGAAAUGGCGAUACAUCGCUCAGCGUUUGGGCAGCCACUUCGUCCCUGGAAACACUGCCUAGAAAAGAACGCUGCUUCAAACCUGGAGACACGCUCUUCGCCCGGCAUGUCAACACCGACGGAAUUCAAAAGCUUCGGCGCCCUGCCUGCGGAACUACGCUUCCAGAUCUGGACCUCAGCGCUGUCGACGUCGCCGUACGUUUGGACUGCCGUUGCCAAAGAAGGUACAGAGCCCUUGGCCACGCGACGAGUCGCUCCUGUGCCGACCCGUCAUCACAUCAUCCUCGCCUGCAGAGAGUCUCAAGAGGCCAUGAAGAAGAUCCGCGACCUGAAGAGGAGGGACGCCUAUCUCAGCAACGCAACCACCCCGGCGCGGGCUCCGGGCGCCUUCGAGCUCGGAGAGCUGGCGAGAUUCAGACACGGCGCCGUGCCGAGGUCCUUGUUCCCGAUGAUAGGGGACCCAUCUGAGCUCAUGACGCAGGGGCGUCCGGAUUCCGAGACGCUCAUCGUCCAGUGGGCGGGCAGCGAUGCCCGCAGGGCACCCCAGGGGGACGACGGGGGAUCUGAAUACCGGGUCGUUUAUUUCCUGCGCGCUCUGGGCUACGAGGAGACUGAGAUGUCGCACGACAUGUGGGACACCGCCGGGUUUCGGGGGCUGCGGUUGGUGCCUCUCGGCGAUCCACCGCCUCGGCCUCGUCGUGUUCUCGGGCACGCAUUCCUGUAA